UACAAUUGGAGGCAGCAGGAAGUGAGGCAGCAUCUGUAUGAGGCAAGAGAAGGAACCUGCGUGGAAUGGAGGAGAGCUAGAGCAGUGCCGGCGCAAUCGUCAGUACCUAGACCACCAGCACUCUGGAUUGUGUGUUAAUGGGAGAGACCCAGAGCAGCUCUAUGAUGCCAGAGGGACCAUCUGCGUGCCACCUCUGAUACAAUGCUGAGAGCAGGAGGGGCAGCCACCUCUCUCGCGCUGCUGUUGCUGCUGCCGUUGCUGUGCUGUUGCCACCUGUGCCACUCUCUGCGGGUUCCAAAACUCUCCUCCUAUGCGAAAGCAGAGGAUAAGCUGUUCAAAUACCUCUUUGGAAACUACCAGAAAUGGGUUCGUCCGGUAGAAUAUUUAAACCAGACUAUACGUGUGAAGUUUGGACUUGCCAUCUCCCAGCUGGUUGAUGUGGAUGAGAAAAAUCAGCGAAUGACAACCAAUGUGUGGAUGAAACAGGAGUGGGUUGACAUGAAACUGAGAUGGAACCCUAAUGACUAUUUGGGGAUAACAAUAAUACGAGUCCCCUCUGACAGGAUCUGGCUCCCUGACGUUGUACUUUAUGAUAAUUCAGAUGGGCGUUUUGAAGGUACAGUCACCAAGGCUGUUGUUAAGUAUGAUGGGACCAUAUCAUGGACACCACCAGCUAACUACAAGUCGGCCUGCACCAUUGAUGUCACCUUCUUCCCUUUUGAUCUUCAGAACUGUUCUAUGAAGUUUGGAUCCUGGACAUAUGAUGGCUCCCAGGUGGACAUCACCUUGGAGGACUUUCAUGUGGACAAGCAGGACUAUUUUGACAACGGUGAAUGGGAGAUAGUGAAAGCAACAGGCAGCCGAGGUGUCAGGACAGACAGCAGUUCUUCCUAUCCCACCAUCACCUACUUUUUCAUCAUUCGCAGGCUCCCUCUUUUCUACACCCUCUUUCUUAUCAUCCCCUGCAUUGGCCUGUCUUUCCUCACCAUCCUUGUUUUCUAUCUGCCCUCAAAUGGCGGAGAGAAGAUCUCUCUCUGCACCUCAGUCCUGGUGUCGCUCACAGUUUUCCUUCUGGUCAUCGAGGAAAUCAUCCCCUCCUCUUCCAAGGCUAUCCCUCUCAUCGGGGAGUACUUGGUCUUCACUAUGAUCUUUGUCACGCUCUCCAUCAUCAUCACUGUCUUUGCCAUCAACAUCCACCAUCGCUCUUCUUCUACACACCAUGGCAUGGCACCCUGGGUGAGGAGAAUUUUCCUGCACCGGCUGCCUAAACUGCUCUGCAUGCGCAGCCAUGCAGAUCGUUAUGCCACAGCUGGAACAGCCAGAGCCAGAAGAGCAGUGGGGCUGGGUUUGAUGAAGGACCCCGCACCUGAGCUGACACCACUUCUCUACACCAGACACAGUCUAGAGGCAGCUCUAGAUUCUAUCCGCUACAUAACCAUGCAUGUGGUCAAAGAAAACGAGGUCAGAGAGGUAGUUCAAGACUGGAAGUUUGUAGCCCAGGUCCUGGAUCGAAUGUUUCUCUGGGCCUUCCUCUUGGUGUCCAUUCUGGGCACAGCGCUCCUCUUCAUUCCAGUCAUUUACAAAUGGGCCAACAUCAUCGUCCCGAACCACGCUGGAAGCAUGCUCUAAUAAACACAGUCAAACAAACAGUGAACAAAUGGAGGCAAAGCACAUUGGACAGUUUGUUAUGGGUCAUAUUUGGGAUUGAAAGACUGAGAUACUGAGAUUAGAGCUCACUACUCUGUUUAUCCGCAGUCAUUCUGUGAGCUGCAGCUUUGCCAGAGAUCCAGCUGCUGUUUGCUGAGGUUAUCUCACAGAAACAUGUUUAGAGUUUGAGAGGGAUUUAGGGAUCUGUACUUGUUAGGAAAGUGAUAAAAAAAAAGUUGUUGAAAUCAGUUCAUUUCAGUACGAUUCUGUCUCUAACUCGGCUUAUCACUGAGAUCAACAAAUACAAACAAAACCAUUUACUCUCAUUUGAUUUACUGAUUUAUGUUGGCCUAUUUGCACUUUAUAUUGCCAUCUGUUUGAUAAGCUGACCACUUUAUUAGUGGAACAUACUUCUAAUAAAUAAGAAGGUUGGACAUCUAAUCUUAGAAGUCACCCUUACACACCCUGAACUAAGCAACCUAAUCAUGAACAUAUUUAAUUUCCCUCAUAGUAUUUUUAAAGGUAAACAUCGUAAAUGUGAUAAAAGGGCAUGAACAAGAGAGAGCACAGAGCCACACAUUUCCAAACCUAUAUACUGUAUUCUCUAUCUGUAGCUCUGAUUUCUGUGAACCUCUGUACACAUCCGGAAAAACAAUCGGUAGAAUAUUCAGAUGAUUAUUCAGAGUGUAGCAGGUCAAGCACUCCCUCUUAGAGACCCAAAUGGAUUAAUAGUCUAUUUAUUCCACUUGACUGUCCGUGGGAUGAAGGCGGCGGACUUUCUUGCCAAGACUUGAAUUUCUCAGGCACGGCUUCCUUUCAGCCUGAGGACACAUUCUUUCUGAUGACUGUAAUUCUAUCCUUUGUAGGAGAUCAGUGCAAAGAUAAUGUGGCUCUUGGAUGUUUUUUAGCCUACUGUAGCUUAGUAACAAGACCUUGCAUCAUGUGACAAUGAUAAGAGUUCUUGUUGUUUGAUUGAUGUUGCAUGCAGAUACCUCAGAUGAUAUCAUUUAAAGACAUGUAACAAAUGAUCUUUGGUUCUUUUCAAUAUCAUCAUGUUGAAGGACCAGGAAGAAGCUUUCAGCCUUUGUUGAGCCUGCACUGCCACCGCAUGGCUGUGUCAUGACACUACAGCUAAAAAUAAAAAUAAGAAGCAACAAAGGCAUGAAGACGAUGAGGUGGUUAUAUCUGCAACAUACUUGUGUGAGUUGCUGCUACAUUAAAUGUAGAGAAUGUUAAUUAAAAGUCAUUACAAGUACAGAAUGGGACACAUGUUUUUUUUGUUUUAUUGAGCUAUUAAGAUAGAUGGAAUUAAGAAUUGAAAAGGAGAUGAGAAAGGGAGGGUUUGUGGGCAUUAUUCCACCAAAGACUUUCUAAAUGACCUCUUAGCAGUCAACUCAACCUUUUUAUAAGAGCUGAAAAUAAAGGGGUGUUGCCUAAUAAUACAUUUUGGUGCAAGAAAGGCUGAGAUAAAAUUAAGCCACACAGUAUACAUCUGAUGAAUCUAUUCGAGCAUGGGUUCUUUGAUGAUCCAUCUGUUUAAGCCUUGAAUUGCACAUUGUGGGAAUAAGUUGAUGGGAUCUUUUCUUUGCUCUAUAAGUCAAUACCAAGGCAGGAUGGAAAACAUGAGAAAAUUCAAUAUAAACCCACCUGACAUUGACUUUCAUCAAGGAAAUUACAUAAGGUAGACAGUUCAGAGUAACUGCUCUGCUGUCUGUUGGGAAUAAAAUAUUAUUUAGACCAUCUUGUCUCGUUCCCAGAGGAUCAGAGGCUCAAUUUCUUAGAGUUUGCUAGAAUAGUUUCAAAAAUCCUACUGAGAAUUAUUCAGAUUUUAAGAAUGAAAUGUAUUAUUUUUUUAAACACAGAAGCAUAGUGCUACCUGUAAAAAAAUCUGGUGUCAAGGGGUUACUAAAAAGCUUCAUCAAAGCCACACAGUGAGGUACAUGCCAGGGGAAAAAUAUCAAAGACGGCUAAUCCAAAGUCCAGUUACGUAAGCUUUCCUGGAAUUUGAAGCUAUAUGUAUUCAGAGGUACCUUUGGUGGUCCACUCAAAAAUCUGUGCGCAUGCAGUCUGGAGCAACCUCGUGUAAAUCAGGUACGUCGGAUUUGACAAGUUUUAUGGAAUUUAAAAAGUAGGCCUGUUCCUCAUCCAAGGUGAUUUAGGUUGUUUUCCUCUCUUCCAGGCUAAUGAUGUCCCAGAACAGAAAUGCAACACUUCUUCUCCUGUGUAUUGUGUUUCUGUCGUGGAGGAUAUGUCAAGGAGGCAAGAUUUUGAUAGUUCCCCUAGAAGGAAGCCACUGGGUGAACAUGGACAUCAUGAUCAAGGCGCUGCACUCUGACGGACACUCUGUGGACGUGAUCCGAACCAAUCAAAGCUGGUACAUCCUGGACGGUUUCCCGCACUACAAGACGAUCACAGUUCCUGUCGUCGAAGCCUUCAACCAUGACUUCAUCAACCCAAUCCUCAAGAAGAUCAUUGAAAUCGAGAGGGGAGAGAGCUCAUUUCUCAGCUUUGCUAGUUUGCAGGUUGAGAUGUUUGAUGCCAUGUUUAACAUGCAUAGGAUAAUUAGCACAAUGGCUCGCAGCAUGUUAAAAGAUAAAGACUUUAUGGAUAUGUUAAAAGAGCGCCAGUAUGACUUUGUGUUCACUGAUCCAGCUUGGGGGGCAGGUGUCUUGCUAGCUCAUGCUCUGAAACUUCCUCUGGUUUAUAAUGUGCGCUGGAUAACAAGUGGAGAGGGACAUAUGGCCAUUGUACCUUCUCCUUUAUCUUACAUCCCAAUGACCGGAUCAGGCCUGUCGGACAAAAUGACUUUCACUCAAAGAUUUAAAAACCUCCUUUUCUAUUUAAUUUGGCAGUUUCAGGAUGGAGUCUUUAUCAACCAUCAGUAUCAGGCUGUGUGUGAUGAGGUCUUUGGCUCAGAGGUAAGAUAUAGAGAAUUAUUACAGGGAGCAGAUAUUUGGCUAAUGAGAGCAGACUUUGUGUUUGAAUUUCCUCGUCCCACUAUGCCAAAUGUUAUUUAUAUUGGAGGAUUCCAAUGUAAACCUGCAAAACCACUCCCUGAAGACCUGGAGGAGUUUGUGCAGAGUUCUGGGGAGCAUGGAGUCAUCAUUAUGUCUCUUGGGACAUUUGUGAGUGAACUUCCUGCCGACAUUACAAAUGAGAUUGCCGCAGCUUUUGCAAAAUUACCUCAGAAAGUCAUCUGGAGACACAAAGGCAGCAAACCAGCAACUCUGGGCAACAACACAUUGCUGGUGGACUGGAUGCCACAGAAUGAUCUGUUGGGACAUCCCAAGAUUAAACUUUUCGUGGCUCAUGGAGGAACAAAUGGAGUUCAAGAAGCUAUUUAUCACGGAGUCCCAGUUGUGGGUCUACCUGUGUUUUUUGACCAAUACGACAACCUGCUUCGUCUAGAAGAGAGAGGAGCUGCCCAGAUUCUGACUUUGGCUACAGUGGACAAAGAUAACAUCUUCCUGAACGCCAUACAGACAGUCCUGAAUGAACCGUCUUACAGGACCAACAUGCAGAGACUCUCCAGGCUGCACAGAGAUACUCCCAUGAAGCCCCUGGACAGCGCCCUCUUCUGGAUAGAGUUUGUCAUAAGACACAAAGGUGCAGCUCACCUGAGAACGGAGUCCUACAAGAUGCCCUGGUACUCCUACCACUCAGUUGACAUUGUGUUGUUCCUGGCUGGAGCUUUGCUUCUUGUACUACUCACGGCUUUCAUGUUGAUUAAGUGUUUAUGCAUUACAGUGAGAAAAAAUAAAGUCAAAGGUGAGUAAACUUUAAAGGAAUAUUAAUUUGUGUGUUAAAUUUGUUAAAACAAAAUACAUGAGGAGGGCUCUGCUGUCUGUUGGGAAUAGAAUAUUAUUAAGAUAAUUCUGUCUUGUUCCCAGAGGAUCAGAGGCUCAAUUUCUUAAAGAGUUAUGAAUAAUAGCUAGAAUAGUUUCAAAAAUCCUACUGAGAAUCAUUCAGAUUUUAAGAAUGAAAUGUAUUAUUUUUUUAAACACAGAAGCAUAGUGCUACCUGUAAAAUAAAUCUGGUGUCAAGGGGUUACUAAAAAGCUUCAACAAAAGCCACACAGUGAGGUACAUUCCUGGGGAAAUACAUCAAAGAACGGCUAAUCCAAAGUCCAGUUACAUAAGCUUUUCCUGGAAUUUGAAGCUAUAUGUAUUCAGAGGUACCUUUGGUGGUCCACUCAAAAAUCUGUGCGCAUGCAGUCUGGAGCAACCUCGUGUAAAUCAGGUACGUCGGAUUUGACAAGUUUUAUGGAAUUUAAAAAGUAGGCCUGUUCCUCAUCCAAGGUGAUUUAGGUUGUUUUCCUCUCUUCCAGGCUAAUGAUGUCCCAGAACAGAAAUGCAACACUUCUUCUCCUGUGUAUUGUGUUUCUGUCGUGGAGGAUAUGUCAAGGAGGCAAGAUUUUGAUAGUUCCCCUAGAAGGAAGCCACUGGGUGAACAUGGACAUCAUGAUCAAGGCGCUGCACUCUGACGGACACUCUGUGGACGUGAUCCGAACCAAUCAAAGCUGGUACAUCCUGGACGGUUUCCCGCACUACAAGACGAUCACAGUUCCUGUCGUCGAAGCCUUCAACCUUGACUUUGUCAACCCGAUCCUCAAGAAGAUCAUUGAAAUCGAGAGGGGAGAGAGCUCAUUUCUCAGCUUUGCUAGUUUGCAGGUUGAGAUGUUUGAUGCCAUGUUUAACAUACAUAGGAUAAUUAGCACAAUGGCUCGCAGCAUGUUAAAAGAUAAAGACUUUAUGGAUAUGUUAAAAGAGCGCCAGUAUGACUUUGUGUUCACUGAUCCAGCUUGGGGGGCAGGUGUCUUGCUAGCUCAUGCUCUGAAACUUCCUCUGGUUUAUAAUGUGCGCUGGAUAACAAGUGGAGAGGGACAUAUGGCCAUUGUACCUUCUCCUUUAUCUUACAUCCCAAUGACCGGAUCAGGCCUGUCGGACAAAAUGACUUUCACUCAAAGAUUUAAAAACCUCCUUUUCUAUUUAAUUUGGCAGUUUCAGGAUGGAGUCUUUAUCAACCAUCAGUAUCAGGCUGUGUGUGAUGAGGUCUUUGGCUCAGAGGUAAGAUAUAGAGAAUUAUUACAGGGAGCAGAUAUUUGGCUAAUGAGAGCAGACUUUGUGUUUGAAUUUCCUCGUCCCACUAUGCCAAAUGUUAUUUAUAUUGGAGGAUUCCAAUGUAAACCUGCAAAUCCACUCCCUGAAGACCUGGAGGUGUUUGUGCAGAGUUCUGGGGAGCAUGGAGUCAUCAUUAUGUCUCUUGGGACAUUUGUGAGUGAACUUCCUGCCGACAUUACAAAUGAGAUCGCCGCAGCUUUUGCAAAAUUACCUCAGAAAGUCAUCUGGAGACACAAAGGCAGCAAACCAGCAACUCUGGGCAACAACACAUUGCUGGUGGACUGGAUGCCACAGAAUGAUCUGUUGGGACAUCCCAAGAUUAAACUUUUCGUGGCUCAUGGAGGAACAAACGGAGUUCAAGAAGCUAUUUAUCACGGAGUCCCAGUUGUGGGUCUACCUGUGUUUUUUGACCAAUACGACAACCUGCUUCGUCUAGAAGAGAGAGGAGCUGCCCAGAUUCUGACUUUGGCUACAGUGGACAAAGAUAACAUCUUCCUGAACGCCAUACAGACAGUCCUGAAUGAACCGUCUUACAGGACCAACAUGCAGAGACUCUCCAGGCUGCACAGAGAUACUCCCAUGAAGCCCCUGGACAGCGCCCUCUUCUGGAUAGAGUUUGUCAUAAGACACAAAGGUGCAGCUCACCUGAGAACGGAGUCCUACAAGAUGCCCUGGUACUCCUACCACUCAGUUGACAUUGUGUUGUUCCUGGCUGGAGCUUUGCUUCUUGUACUACUCACUGCUUUCAUGUUGAUUAAGUGUUUAUGCAUUACAGUGAGAAAAAAUAAAGUCAAACACGAGUAA